UGAAGACUUCUGUUUUUCAGAACCUCUACAAUGACAGAUAGCUUGGAUGAAUUUAUUGAAGAGCAGAAGGCGAAACUGGCCAGAGACAAAGCUGAAUUGGAAAGUGACCCGCCUUACAUGGAGAUGAAGGGUAAAGUACCAGAGAAACUCUCUGAAAACAGUAAAAUAUUAAUCUCUAUGGCUAAGGAGAACAUACCACCGAACAGCCAGCAGCCCAUGGGGUCCUUAGGAAUUGAUUAUGGAUUAAGUUUACCACUUGGAGAAGACUAUGAACGCAAGAAACAUAAAUUAAAAGAAGAAUUGAGGCAAGAUUAUAGACGCUAUCUUUCUCAGAAAAAUAUUCUAUCUACGGGUGAAACAGACCCAUCUACUCUGGGAGUUUCUCUUCCUAUCGACGAGCGAUUAUCUGCCAAGGAAAGGUUGAAACUUGAGCGCAACAAAGAAUACAAUCAAUUUCUCAGGGGUAAGGAAGAAUCCAUAGAAAAGGCCAGACAAGUGGAAAAGAAUAUUGAGCCAAAGAGUCAAAGAAAUAAGAACCCCGUUAGUCAAGGUAAAUCUGACCUACCUCCACAAAUACAGAUAUCAUACACACAUUCUGAGGCACCAACAUAUGAAGAGCUUCUCGACCGAAGACGGCGAGAGGAGGGCAGAUACCGACAGCUAGAUGAUGAACUUGAAUUAGUGAAUAGAAGACUUCUUAGACAGACAAAUGAAGAAGUAGGCGUUCCCGGAACAAAACUAAGCUUUGCCAGCGAGACUGGUGCCCGGGAGCGAAGAGCUCGCAGGGUUAAUGAGGAGCGUGCGCUUGAUAGACAGCACUAUAGAUCUGACUGGAACCCUGAUGCAAAUGAAGAGAUGGACGAGAGGUUUAGGUUUGAAAGUGACUUUGAUAGAAGACUUCUGAGAGUGUAUCCAAAUGACAGGCCACUUGGAAACAGACAAGGGCACGCGCCUCCUGUGGAGAAUGAGGGUGCUGUCCCAGAGCAGUCCAACACCCAGAUUUCCUCUGCUGGAAAUACAAGUGCUCAGGAUAACGAGCCUUCCAAGUCUGCUGGCCGUGGUGUCUGUAGUCCGUUUGCGGGGAUGCUCUUCGGAGGCGAAGAUCGAGAACUUCUCCGGCAAAAGAAAGAGAAGUACAGGCAAGAGCUGCUGGAACAGAUGGCUGAGCAACAGAGGAAAAAGAGACGAGAAAAAGAUUUACGACUUUCAAUUGUGCCUUGUGGUGUACAAGACCCUGAAAAAUCGUGGAAUGAAUCACACACAUCAUUGCAGUUAAGUAAGGAGGAGCCCGAUAGAGUAAAGCAGUUUAGUUUGACACCAAGACCCUUUGAAGAGAUGAUACCACCUGAGAGACCCAGAGUAGCUUUCCAGACUCCUCUCCCUCCUCUCUCUGCCCCGUCUGCCCCACCCAUCCCGUCCGUUCAUCCUGCCCCUUCUCACAAUGAAGACUUGCACAGUGGACUCAGCAGCUCCCUUGGUGAAGUGGUACAUCCCAGGAUUCUGCCUCUGCCUCUGCCUCCACCUCCUCUGCUACCCCCCCUGGCUUCUAACUAUCGAACGCCUUACGAUGAUGCGUACUAUUUCUAUGGUGCCAGAAACACACUGGAUCCCAGUAUUGCUUAUUAUGGUUCAGGAGUGAUUGGAGCACAGCCUGCCCCUCAUAUCUCUGCCCCUCUCACUCACCAAGUAGCACAGCCUGUUGUGGAUACUGUUGGGCAGAAUGACCAGAAAAUUUUAAGUGAUCGGCUGAUGAAUCCAGGACUGAUCUUUGAAGAUAAACCAAAACCUUCCAAACAGUCACUUCAGUCUUACCAAGAAGCUUUGCAAGAGCAGAUUCGGGAAAGAGAAGCAAGAAGGAAGAAAGAACGUUUAGAAAAAGAAGAAUACGAAGCUAAACUGGAAGCGGAAAUGAGAAUUUACAGCCCCUGGGGGAAGGGCGGAGGCGGUGCUCCCCUCAGAGAUGCCAAAGGGAACCUGAUAACUGAUUUGAAUAAGAUGCACAGACAGAAUAUAGAUGCCUACCAUAACCCAGAUGCAAGAACGUAUGAAGAUAAAAGGGCUGUUGUAGCUGUAGACCAAAAGUUAGCCACUUCAAGUGCUGAGAACCUAGAAGAUUCUGCAGAUAAAAACGCAGGUCCUGUUCAAACACAGAACUCUCCUUUUGCCCGAGGAAACACAUUCGGUGAGCCACUCACUGAGCUUCAGAUUAAACAGCAAGAAUUAUACAAGAAUUUCCUUCGUUUUCAGAUUGAGGAGAAGAAACAAAGAGAAGAGGCAGAGCGUGAGAGACUGAGGAUUGCAGAAGAGAAGGAAGAAAAACGGCUGGCGGAGCAGAGGGCAAGGAUUCAGCAAGAGUACGAGGAGGAGCAGGAGAGGAGGAGGGAGAAGGAGGAGGAGCAAAGGCUAAAAAACGAAGAACUCAUUCGGUUAGCCGAAGAGAGACGAAAAGAAGCGGAAAGAAAGAAGAAAGAAGAGGAAGAAAAACAUAACUUGCAACUUCAGCACUACUAUGAGAGAGAAAAUAUGAUUGGAGAUGAAACAAAGCAUUUAAGACAGCCUUCUCCUGUAGUCCCUGCUCUUCAGAACAAAAUUGCAAGCAAACUCCAAAGACCUCCUUCAGUCGACACCAUCAUAAGCUCCUUCAUUCAUGAAAGCUCCUUGUCCAGGGCACAAUCUCCCCCAGUACCUGCAAGGAAGAACCAACUCCGUGCGGAAGAGGAGAAAAAAAAUGUAAUUAUGGAGUUAUCCGAAAUGAGGAAGCAGCUGCGCAGUGAAGAGAGGCGUUUGCAGGGGCAGCUGCUGCACCUGGACAGUGAUGACGAGACCCCGCUCAGGAAGAGAGAAAGGAAUCCCAUGGACAUAUUUGACAUGGCUAGACAUCGGGUACAAGCUCCUGUCAGAAGACCGUCACCGAAGGGAGUGGAUGCUACUACUUUUCAGAAUAUUCAUGACUUCAAUGAGCUCAAAGAGAGAGAUUCAGAAACACGAGUGGAUCUGAAGGUAAUGUAUCCAGACCCUCCACGAGAUCAUCACACCUUAGAGAUCCAGCAGCAGGCCCUGCUACGAGAGCAGCAGAAGAGACUGAACAGAAUAAAAAUGCAGGAAAGUGUGGGAGUUGACUUAGAUGCCAUCUCUGUUGGUAAAGGACAAGGGUACAGAAUGCCCAGAAGUGAUAGUGACUUUUUGAAAAAUUCAUUACUGGAAUCUGAUAGUGCUUUUAUUGGUGCUUAUGGUGAGACGUACCCUGCCAUUGAAGAGGAUUCCUUCCCCCCAGCAUCACAGCUACCCUCUGCAAGGGAACGCAGGAGGAACAAAUUGAAAGGACUCGAUUUUGAUAAUAGUCGGCUCCACAUGCCUCCAGAUGGUCUCUCUUUAAAAUCUGUCUCCAGUGUAAAUGUCAAUCAACUUAGAACAAGAAAUGAAGACAGACUGAGGAGACUGAACGAGCAUCAGAAGAAACCCACUAACACAGAUGACGAGAGUUCUCUGGUUGACCCUGAUGACAUCAUGAAACACUUGGGUGAGGAUGGAUCCAACUCUGUGGCAACUGAGCCCUGGCUCCGCCCAGGCACCUCUGAAACGCUCAAACAGUUCAUGGCAGAGCAGCUGAAUGAGGAGCAUCAAGUUCCCAGAAAACCAGGCACUUCCACUUGGCAGGGCCUGUCUGCUGCACACGCUUAAUUUACAAUAAACCCUUUGGACCAGCAGUGCCUUUUACAGUGGAAGGAAUGUUCAGUCCAUAUCUUGAAUGUCUUGCUUAUGGCCCUACCUAAAUAGUAGUUAUUUAUGUUCUAUCUAUAUAUAAAGCAUAGUUUUCCUAUGAUGAUACAUGUUAUGUUAUAUAUAUGUAUAUAUAUAUAAUGUACAUAAAAUCCCUGAUUAUUGAUUUAUAACAAUUGUAUAGAAUUAUUUUUGCAAUUUUGCUAUGGGUGGUGAUGAGCUCUAGAUUCAACUGCCACAUGUGCAUUAAAUUGUGCUUGCCAUUAAGAGGUGGUAAUGAAGGUGUUAACAGUACUGUGAAACAAUACAUUUUUACUAGCGUUCUAGCGUUCGUUGCCACUGUUAGCUUUGUGUGGAAACACUUCAUAGUGAAUACACCUGCUGUGGCUGUGACUAUCCCAGCUGCUAUGUAAAUGAGAUUCAGAAGAAGCUGCUCCGUCCAUGCCAUUUGGACUAGAGAUUCCAUAGGAGCUGUGACUGAAUGUUCCAUCUUUCUGCCUCCAUUUUAUUUUUGUGUUGAUAAAAGCACAGACUCACGCAGUUACUAAUUUAUCUGAUUUCACUAUUUCUUGAUACAAAUAAAGUUUUAUUUUUAUUAACUACCAA